AAUAACAAUCUUUAUUUAUAGAUGGAAUUGGAAGGCAACACAAAAUACAAUGAGUAUGAAGAGAAAAUUAGGAAUCAUUAAACCAAUGGUCAUAAUUACGAAUUAGAUAAAUUGCACCAGAAGAAAGAAUCAGACGAUUAAUUCUUGAUUGCUUAAAACCCGCUCAUAAUGAGGAAUCUCUUAAUCAUCAUAGACACAACCAAGUCAUCCAAAGUGAGUGAUUUUAAACCAAGUCGUUUGGCAGUGGCCUUGCAAUUUUUGCCUGUAAAAAAACACAUAAUAAUUCAUAAUUAGGCAUUUAUAGAAUAAUUUCUUGAAGGCAAUCCUUUAUCUCAAAUCGGCAUAGCAGUAGCUGAAGAAUAUAAAUGCAAGACAAUUUUAGAUUUUACUUCGUCUUGUGUAAACAUAAAAUAAUAUUUGUCAACAAUCCAUUCAAUAAAUGAAGCCGGAUUUUCAAUGGCAGCCUGUUUAUAAGUAUCAUGAAAAAGAAAAUACUUUAGACUGCUUUACAUGUUUUUUCAUCUACCUAACUGCAUGCCUAAUCAAGUAUUUUAUUUGUGACUACAUCCACAUACUCAGAUGAUAAACUUGAUUUAAAUGAAUGGAGUGAGAAGUGCCAAUCAGCAGCUAUUCAAAUCAAUAUGAUAUCAUUUGCAGGAGCCAUACAUCAAUUAAUUAAGAUAACAUAAGCAACAGAUGGGUAAUAUUUGUGUCCCAUUAACGAAUUUCAGUUUAGCUAAGAAAUUUAGGUAAUAAAUUGGUUCAUCUAUAAGAAAUUCAUUUCCCCUCAAGAAACGAAGAAUCAUAAAAUGAUUACACAAUUGGUAAAGAUUGGAUUCCCAUAGAAAUUUAUCGUUAGUCAACCUACUUUGUGUUAAUGUCAUUUAGAAAUAGUGUAAUUUUUAGUGUUAAUAAUGAUAGAUACAACUUUUAUAAAUGUCCAGUGUGUUAUAGCAAGGUUUGUUCUCCUCCUCUUUUAUGUCCAAUCUGUUCGACUUGGAUAGUUCUGCCUCACUAGAUCCUCAGAAGUGAUGGUUACAAUACUUUAGGAGUAUUUGUAAUUAUAAAUGAUGGUUUGGAUCAUCAAUGUCAGGGAUGUUUAGAAUCAACUAGUGUAAUUCAUUCGACUUGUGAAAGAUGCAAGAACUUCUUCUGUUUGUAAUUUUUAAGUCUGAUUUUAGGGAUUGUGAUAUUCUAAUCCAUUCUAAAUUCAAGGUAUGUCCAGGCUGUGCGUGAUUGUGUUGAAGCUAAAUAAAUUUAAAUAAUUAAAUAAUCUUAAAUAUUAU